AUGCAGUUCACUCUCUCCGCCGUUGUCCUCGCCCUUGCCGGCUUCGCUGCUGCCCUGCCCGCUGAGAACUCGCACAAUGGUCUCCAGUCGCAGGAUAGCACUCCUCGCUUCAAGGUUCCCGACACCAUGACCAUUGAACAGGCUCAGGCCAAGUGUGGUGAUCAGGCUCAGCUCUCUUGCUGCAACAAGGCCACCUACGCCGGUGACACCACCGACAUCAACUCAGGAAUCCUUGCUGGGACCCUCUCCAACCUCAUCGGUGCCGGAUCUGGUGCCUCUGGUCUUGGUGUCUUCGAUCAGUGCUCCAAGCUCGAUGCUUCCAUUCCUAUCCUCAUUGGAAUUAACGUCCAGGACCUUCUCAACCAGAACUGCAAGCAGAACAUUGCCUGCUGCGCCAACUCGCCCUCCAGCGCCAGCAAAGACCUUGUCGGUGCCGGUCUUCCUUGUGUUGCCCUCGGUUCCAUUCUCUAA